CCUGGGUCAGUCUUUAGAUCUCUUUGUCUCUCCCAGCCCGGGUGGUUGGCGCUGACGGCCGAUCCCGCAGGUCGGCGCGGUGGCCCAACACAGCGACAAUUAGAGUCUCCGGCCCUCAUCUCCCAGCUGCAGCCCAGGAGGCACACGGUUAAUACCACUGAGUUCGGCCCACCGUCCUCGGCUUAGAGUAGCCCCGUCCGCGCGGCCCGCGGCCGCCCGCCGGCUACCGAACUCAGGAGGGCCGGGAGGCCCCCACAGGCGCGUAGCUCCUCCAAUGUCCUAGAGCGGCUCCGUGCGGAUCCGCUCUUCCGCUUCCAGUCCCCGCCCACGGCGGCCGCCCCCUGGACGCCUGGGGCCGAGCCCCUCUCCCCGUUGCACGCGGAUCCUGCAUCCCCGAGCCGGCGGCGGCUCGGGGACCCGAGCCCAACGGAGGAGUUCGGAAGAGCACCCGGCUGGCGGCCACGGAGGUGGCCGGGAGGGCGACUUGCCGGCAAUGGAGCGCGCAGUGGGGCCCUGGGGCCCAGACCUCCGUGGCCGGGAGGACAGGGAGCAGGUGCGAGGCGCCCGCACAGGUCUAGGGAGUGAGAACGUGGAGAUGUCUCAGACGGAUGAGUUUGAACACACCCCACAGGAGGAUGACUUGGGGUUCAAGGAAGAGGAAGAGCUGGCCUCGGGUCAUGAAGUCAGAAAUGCCUCUCUCAAGCCCGAAGGCAUCCAGACCUGGGAUGACUUGUGGGUCCAGAGGGAGGGACCAGGAAAGCCUCGGGCUCAGGACAGAGGCCCCCGGCUCCUGGGAGAACCACGCUGGGGCCAGGCUAGUGAUCGGGCUGCUGUGUGUGGCGAGUGUGGCAAGAGCUUUCGGCAGAUGUCAGAUCUGGUGAAACACCAGCGGACCCACACAGGGGAGAAACCCUACAAGUGUGGGGUCUGCGGCAAGGGCUUUGGGGAUAGCUCUGCCCGUAUCAAACACCAGCGAACUCAUAGUGGUGAAAAACCCUACAGAGCCCGACCACUGGCCCAGGGCCCCCCAAAGAUUCCUCGGUCCAGGAUCCCUGCUGGUGAGCGCCCCACUAUCUGCGGCGAAUGUGGCAAGAGCUUCCGUCAGAGUUCUGACCUGGUGAAACACCAGCGGACGCACACGGGUGAGAAGCCCUACAAGUGUGGCAUCUGUGGCAAGGGCUUUGGCGACAGUUCUGCUCGCAUAAAGCACCAGCGGACACACCGGGGGGAGCAGGCCCCCCGGCCCGUGGUGCCCCGGCGGCAGCCAUCCCGAGCAACCCCAGUAGCCGCACAGGGACCCAAGGCUCAGGACAAGCCCUAUAUCUGCACCGAUUGUGGCAAAAGAUUUGUGCUGAGCUGCAGCCUUCUGAGCCACCAGCGCAGUCACCUGGGGCCCAAACCUUUUGGCUGUGAUGUGUGUGGAAAGGAAUUUGCCCGGGGCUCAGACCUGGUGAAGCACCUGCGGGUGCACACUGGGGAGAAGCCCUACCUGUGCCCUGAGUGUGGCAAGGGCUUUGCGGACAGCUCUGCCAGAGUCAAGCACCUCCGCACCCACAGUGGGGAGAGGCCUCAUGCCUGCCCGGAAUGUGACCGCACUUUCAGCCUCAGCUCCACCCUCCUCCGUCAUCGCCUCACUCACAUGGAACCCCAGGACUUCAGCUUCCCAGGCUAUCCCUUGGCCCCCCUGAUCCCCAGCCCACUCCCCAGCUCAAGCCCACCCCCGCCUCCUCUUGGCACCAGUCCCCCAUUGACACCUCGAAGCCCUUCACACUCAGGUGACGGGCCUUUUGGCCUGCCUGGCUUGGAGCCGGAGCCUGGGGGCCCGCAGGCUGGGGAGCCACCCCCACCACUAGCAGGUGACAAGCCCCACAAGUGCCCUGAGUGUGGCAAGGGCUUCCGCCGAAGCUCGGACCUGGUGAAACACCAUCGUGUGCACACGGGGGAGAAGCCCUACCUGUGCCCUGAGUGUGGCAAGGGCUUCGCUGACAGCUCCGCCCGAGUCAAGCACCUCCGCACCCACCGUGGGGAGCGGGCUCGGCCACCACCACCAUCCACUCUCCUGAGGCCACAUAACCCCCUAGGCCCAGUACCCAUGGCCCCUCGACCCCGAGUCCGGGCCCAGCCCUCUGGACCCAGCCAGCCCCAUGUGUGUGGCUUCUGUGGGAAGGAGUUCCCCCGGAGUUCAGAUCUGGUCAAACACAGGCGCACACACACUGGGGAGAAGCCAUACAAGUGUGCAGAGUGUGGCAAGGGCUUUGGGGACAGUUCUGCCCGCAUCAAGCACCAACGUGGGCACCUGGUCCUCAGGCCCUUUGGGACGGGGGAUGGUCGGGCAAGGCCCCUCAAGGCGGAGCCACCAACGGGACUAGAAUGAUGGGGUUCAGGAAGGGUGGAGGCCCAGGAGACCAAAGGGUUGCUUAAGCAGAGAAGAAAGGGCCUGUGAGGAGGUGGGAGGGAGGAGGGGAAGAAAUGGGAGAAAGGAGUGAAUAGAGGUUGGAGGCUGAUCUUGAAGCUCAGGAAACUGUCCCAGCUGGGCUUAGGACCUUGCCAGUGUAAUCUAUCCCCCCAGCUUCUAGAACACUGCCUAGUACACAGGCACUCAGUAAAUACUUGUUGAAUUAAUAAACUGGCCUUAGCCUGAGGACCCUUGAACCUAAAAUUCCUGUUGCCUCCUAACCUGUAAAGAUUGAUCUUUCCUAAUCUUGACCCUGGGAGACCAGCACCCUGAGCCAUGGUUGGUUUGACCUUAUGAGCUGCAACAAAGAGACUGCUGGAGUUCAGGGUGACAUUUAGGCAGGGGCAUCUGUCAUCCUGAUGAGAGUAUUGCUGUGUGGCAGGCAGUACCCAGCCCCAGGCCACUGGACAUGGUCUUAGCCAGGAGAGGCACUGGGACAGAGCCCAAACCUACCUGCCCUGAAGAAGCCCAACCCACCCUGAUUCCUGGACACUGGCAGAAUAGACCAGUGAGCAGAAGGAGCGCUUCUGCUCUGGAUGUCAAGGUAACUAGGAGAAGGACAGAACAAGCGAGGAGAGGCCAGGGAAGCUCCAAGGCCAGACAGCCACAUCUCCAUGUGUCUCCUUGCUAAUAAACUGCUUCUUGUCUGAGGUUU